UCCCGGGUUCGGUGCUGCCUUCACUUGCACCGCGCAACCUUGAGAUCCGCAUACUGAUGUGCAAUUUAAUGUGCUUUGUUGUGACCAAGUCCUUCCUGCUGACCUGCUGCUUGCCCAUCUUGCUCAUGGGCAUGAGGUACUACUUCAGCAGGAAAGUUAUCCUGCACUAUCUGGACUGCGCCCUGCACACGGACAUGUCCGACAUCGAGCAAUACUACAUGAAGCCACCGGGCUCCUGCUUCUGGGUGGCCGUCCUGGACGGCAACGUGGUGGGCAUCGUGGCGGCGCGAGGCAACGAGGAGGACAACACGGUGGAGCUGCGCCGCAUGUCGGUCGACUCCAACUACCGCGGCAAAGGCAUCGCCAAGGCGCUGGGCCGCAAGGUGCUGGAGUUCGCCGUGCUCAACAACUACUCGUCCGUCGUGCUGGGAACCACAGCUGUGAAGAUGGCGGCCCACAAGCUCUACGAGUCCUUGGGCUUCAAACACGUGGGUGUCGUGGAACAUUAUGCCCUGCCGGGGAUGACGCACUCCUUACUAGAGAGGAUGUUUUUCCAGCUCCGCUACCACCGCUACCGCCUGCAGCUGCGCGAAGAAUAAAACACAACCAAACGCACACACCCACCCCACACACAAAAUGAUUUUUUUCUCCUUUCCCCACUCCCCGCCCUCAAAAAAUAAUAAACCCCCCUCCUCUCUCUCGUCGCUGUUUAUUUGCCAGGCUCCCUCCCUUCGUCCUCCGUGUCCUGCCCGCUUUGCCGCCGGCCCCUCGCAUGCUGCGGCCCCGGGCAGUGCCCGUGCCCGGCCCCGCUCCGUGUACAUAGCCGUCCUCGCCCCCUUCCCGUGGGAGAGAGCAUAGCGACGCCCCCGCCGGAGCGCAGAAACACCGUCUGAAUGCAGGUCUGGGUAUCCCAUGCACCAGUAAGCAGAAUAUGCAUUCGUCUUGCCCUCAUUUACUGGUUAUUACUUUUUGCGAAGAAAAUGCAGAGAGGAAAAAAAAUUAAAUCCAACCAGUCGACCCACCCGCUUGCUCCAGUGCAUGAAGAGGAGACGUGUGCACGCACUCGACCACAUAGCACUACCGCGGUGCUCGUGUUGCACUUUUUGUUAUUUUUUGGGUUUUUUUUUUUUUGUAUGUGCCUCAUUCUGCCAAAUAACCUGUGGGAACCUCUGCGCAUCCGCCACACCAUGACUGCUCCAUCCUCAUCCUCCUUCCUAAGCCAGCAAGCAGACUCGAAGCGUCGGGACUCGGCCCCGUUGUACCCCAGUGUGACAUGAGAUCGGACCCCGGCAUCUUCCACAGCCCGUGCGCCCCGUCCAGGCGCCGCAUGUGCGUUGGACUCUCCUUGCUGCCUUUCUA